AUGCCCAUUUUGACUGAUAUUAACUUAACGCUACCAGAAAAUUUAACUAUACCAAAGUUAGCUUCAUCAAAAAAAUUGAAUAUAAGUUGGUGCAACAACAAUACCUUAGGAAAAAUACAACAAAUUAAAUAUCUCAAUGCAGAAUCAGAUUUAACUGACGUUAAUAUAGAUUAUGCUAAAAUAUUAUCAGAUAAUAGUAGCAAAACAGUCUAUGAAUUCCGUUUAGGAUUUUGUACAUCAAAGUUUGACUAUGAGCCUGGUGAUACAAUUGGUAUUAUCUGUCAAAAUAUUAGUUCAGAAGUAUAUGAAAUUCUUGAAAGAAUUGGAUGUAGUGAUUAUAAAAAUGAUUUUAUAAGUGUUUCAUAUCUCAAACCAAUCAUGAAUUUGCAUGGUAAUUCUCCUUAUCAAUAUCAAUUGAUUGAUCUUUUGACAAAUAUAUAUGACAUUAGGGCUAUUCCUAAAAAAUCAUUCUUGUGUACUUUAGCACAAGUGACAAAAGAUUCAAAGGAAAAAUUAAGAUUGUUGCAAUUAUGUAGUAAGGAAGGUGCUAAGGAUUAUGAAGUCACAAUUAGAAACACAAAUAUUUCACUUCUGCAUAUAUUAAGAGCAUUUCCAACUUGUAAACCCACAUUAGAAAACUUAUUAGAAAAUUUACCUCCUUUACAACCAAGAGCAUAUUCAAUAUCAAACUCACCAUAUGAAAUUCAUAAUAAAAUAACAUUUGUUUUUACGUUGAUACAAAUUCCAUCUGAUGAAUAUUUUCCUCAAAAACGAUUUGGUUUGUGCACUGGUUAUCUGGCAAACUUAGCAAAAGAUUUAAAUAAACAAAGUCAUAAAUUAACAAUUUUCAAAAGAUCUAAUCCUUCUUUCAAGUUACCCUCAUUUCAAUCACUUUUGACUUCAAGCCCUGAACACAAAACUUUGCUCAUUUACCUUGCUCCUGGUGUUGGGAUUGCCCCUUUCUUAGCUUUUUUCCAGCAUUUAACAUUGCCCAAAUCUCCUUACUCAAAAACAACAUUCAGAGAUAAAGUUGACUGCUGGCUAUAUCACGGUUGUCGCAAUUACAACCAAGAUUUUAUAUAUCGCUCCGUAAUCGAAAAGUAUACGACUGGCGAUAACCCCCUUUUAAGUCGAGUUUACAUGUCCUUUUCAAGACCACAAUUAAUCGAGUUCUCACGUGAAACGAGCUCGGAAUCAACGACUACCAAUCAUGUUCAAGGCGAUAUAUCAGAAAUACUUAAAAAUAUAGCACUCUAUUCUAACAAUUUUGACAUAGACAAUGCUCCCAAAUAUAUUCAAGAUAACCUAAUCGCUUCCGCGAAUGAUUUGGUGCCCAGAAUUUUAAACAAAACCGCCAUAAUCUAUUUGAGCGGCGAUGCCAAGGGAUUUAGCCCUAGUAUCAGGAAAUGUUUCUCUCGAAUGCUUAAAGAUUAUCCAGACCUCGAUUGGACACCGUUGGAAUGCGAUAAAUAUGUCAAGAUGAUGCAAGAAGAGAAAAGAUUUUUGGAGGAUACCUGGCUUUAGAUCUGCUCUUCGAAUAAUUCAAAGGAUGAGAUUUACUAUAAAUGCGAACUAAUUUAAUUUUUUGUAAUUAUCAACACAAUUGUUAAAAACAGUUCGAUUUAAAGAUGACGAUUGUAACAAUUUCUUCAUUCAAAUUUUUUU